AUGUUGUCGCGCGCUGCACUGUCUCGAGCUGCUGCUCUUCUGGUUCGCACAAAGCCCACCGUUGGCUCGCGCCCAUUGGGCACCCUAUCACGCCCUCGUUUCGCCGCUACUCCCCUCCAGAUUCGAAGCGCCUCGCAUUUCGAGAUGGCCAUGGAAGAGACCGAGAACAAGACCAUCUACGCCGAAGCCGACCGUGAAGCUGCAAGGGAAGAGUUGACAAGAGUUCAAGAGGCAUACAGAAGCAUCAUUGAGGGUGCUGAUACAGAGUUGGCCGACGAGGUCAAGAGGAGAAUUGGUCAGAGGAUCCGCGAACUAGAGGCCGGCGUGCAAAACAUGGAAGACAUAGCCAUGAACCAGGAUUAG